AUGAGCAGUUUCAAUGCGGUGCAAGAUGCGCCGAAAACGGCCAUUCGCAAAACCUGGCGUCAGCAGAAACCCCGGACCAAGAGACUUCAGAAUUACUUCAAUCAGCUCCUAUCUCAAUCUCACGAGCUUGAGACUGAGUUUGAAAAGGAGAAGGAAGAAUAUGCAGCGGAAAAAGAAAGCGAAAUUCAACUUCUGAAAUCAGAGAAUAAAAACUUAUCAGAUCAGCUUGCCACGGAACGAUGUGAAAGAGACGAAGUGGUCAAGGAGAACAAUGACAUGAUCCGAUCAUACUAUCGUCUCGCUGAUGAGAAGCUGAAGUUGCAGAAAAAAUUUGAUUCAAUUCAAGCCGAGAACUCAGCUCUGCGAACCGAGAAAGAUGCGCGUCUGAAACAACUCAGCGACUACGAGUCCGAGUUGGAUGAUGCCUGGGCCAGCAUGAGCUAUGCGUAUCUGCGUGUGAAGAACGUCAAGGGAGCUGCCUCGUCGUUGAUCUAUCAAGAUGCUCAUCGAAAGUUGAAUGGCUCUUAUAAGAAAUAA